AUGACACUCGACAACUCUAUCGUUUAUUCAAGGCCCUUGAGUGUUUCAGAAAACUUUUUCAGAUGUCGGACAGCUAGUGGGAACUACAGAAACUUUGUCGUUACUGCAACAUACAAUCAAAGUUUGAAAAAGAAGUUGUAUGUUUUGGUCAAAGCAUUAAGGAAAACUAUAUUGGAAUAUCCAAUUCUUGCGACGACCGUUAAGUUUGACAAAACAGUUAAUGCCUUUGCAUAUGUGCCUUUGAAAACCAUAAAUUUGAGUGACAUUUUAUUCUUUGAAGGAGACGAAAAGUGGCUAACAAAUGGAGUGAUUAAUGAGAAUUAUAUGAAAUAUUGCAAUGAAACACAGUUCAAAUUGUAUGAAGAAAAUGUAUUGUUCAAGUUGAUAUUAGUUGGCGAUUUUCAUUUGUCAGCGAUUUUUGAACAUACUAUUGGUGAUGGUUUAGUUGCGAAUUAUUUUCAUGAAGUUUUGCUCAAAAACUUGGCAGAAUGUGAAUCUAUAGAAGACGCUGCAUUUGAAACCCAAUUUGGACCCCUUGUUUUUGAAAAUAUCAAAGCAGAAGAUGAAAUUUUCAAUUUUAGCAAAGAUAAACUCUACAUCAAGAAUUCUUUACCACCACCAAUUGACCCGUUUCUAGAGGACAUUGAUUUAGACUACAGUUUUGGUGACCCACACUUCCAAGACAAGAUUAUUCCAGAAGGUUUCCCAAGUAAAUGGAAAGGAAGAUUUGAUACCGUUGACACACACGAUAUUAGUUUCAAGUUAAUAAACUUUAGCAAACAAGAAACGAAAAUAAUACUAUCUAAAUGCAAAGAACAUAAAGUAGGAAUAACCUCAUAUAUCGAAGUUGUUCAUGCGUUGACGUUACAGCCAAUUUUUGGAGAUAAUUCGUUCACCACACACAGAACCGCAAUGACAUUAAGAAGACACUAUACCCCUGAUUUGGCAGAGCCUCCUUACAAAAAGAUUUUGUCAGAUUCCGAAUACAAAAUAUUUGGAACCCUGGCUCAUAUGGGGUUUGUUCAGAAUUUUCCACCAAUAAAAGUUUUUUCUUGGGAUUUGGUAAAGAAAGUAAAUCUUGAUUUGUCAAAAGCUGUUAAAAAUAAACGUGCUCUCAAUCAAAUGAAGCUUUGGAAAGAUACAGGGGAUUUGCUAGACGAAAAGAAUAUGGCUUUCUUCGACACACAAUACAACAAGCCAAAGGCCGACGCCGUUAAAAUUUCUAACUUAGGGUUUAUUGAGUUACCAGAAUAUGCCACUAAAAAUGACAAGAAAUGGGUGAUUAGUGAUAUGGUGUUUUCUCAAGAUAUGGCACCGUACGCCUCAGAAUUCAUGUUGAGUGUAGUGAGCACACCCAUUGGGGGCAUGAAUUUUGUUUUAAGUUACUACGAUUAUUCCUUUGAAGAUGGAAACUGGGAAAACUUUGACGAAUUUGUUACCAAGUUGCAUGAUAAUAUGCUCAGGUAUGCGAGAUUUUAA